AUGUGGCAAAAUAGUAAUGUAACUGAGUUCAUAAUGCUAGGAUUGACCCAGGAUCCUUUGAGGAAGAAAAUGGUGUUUUUAAUCUUCUUAAUUUUUUAUGUGGGAACUGUAGUGGGGAAUACACUUGUUAUUGUGACCAUCAAAUCCAGCAGGACACUUGAAAGCCCCAUGUAUUAUUUCUUAUUUUAUCUGUCCUUUGCUGAUUCCUGCUAUUCAACAUCCACAGCCCCUAAACUCAUUGUGGAUGCUCUCUCUACAAAGAAAGUCAUAUCCUACAAUGAGUGCAUGACACAAAUCUUUGCACUACACUUAUUUGGCUGCAUGGAGAUCUUUGUCCUCAUCCUCAUGGCCGCUGAUCGCUAUGUGGCCAUCUGUAAGCCUUUGCAUUACCCAAGGAUCAUGAGGAGGCAGGUCUGUCUCAUCUUGAUUGUCCUUGCAUGGAUAGGGUCCUUUAUGCAUUCCAUUGCUCAGAUUAUCCUGGCCUUGAGAUUGCCCUUCUGUGGACCCAACUUGAUUGACCAUUACUGCUGUGAUCUGCAGCCCUUGUUUAAAAUCGCCUGCACGGACACUUACUUGCUGAAUCUGCUGUUGGUGACUAACAGUGGGGUAAUUUGCUUAGUCAGUUUAACAAUUUUAACCAUCUUAUACAUUGUCAUCCUGCAUUCUCUGAGAAAUCACAGUGCAGAAGGGAGGAAAAAAGCACUAUCCACUUGCACGUCUCACAUCAUUGUUGUUGUAUUGUUCUUUGGUCCCUGUAUAUUCAUAUAUACACGCCCCCCAACCACGUUCCCCAUGGACAAGAUGGUGACAGUCUUUUAUACCAUAGGCUCACCCUUCCUCAACCCACUCAUCUACACACUGAGGAAUGCAGAGAUGAAAAACGCCAUGAGAAAUCUGUGGCAUUUUAAAACUACAUCAGAAAGCAGGGGAUGA